AAUAAAACUUACUUAUUAUCCAAAUAUACCCUCCCUAACACUGCAGAAACGACUAUUUAAGAACCAGAGUCCAACUCCCAAAGACCAUCUUCUCUUCUCAGCCUCGUUCCAUUCCCCAAACAAAAGAAACCAACCCUCCCCCUGUCCCUGUAACAUUUUCAUCCAUUAUCCUAUUUCAAUCCCAAAAGGACAUUUGGAAGCAUUCCAAACAGCAGAGCUUGCAUCUCCAUCAUUAUUACACAUGACUGACAAGAGCCAUGAUUGUAAGAUGGUUUCAUCCAACAAAAACACUCUAUUCUAUAUUCGGACUCAAGGGCGUCGGUGGUUGAACAACCAGAUGGUUCAUAUGAUACGAUUGAUUGAAGGAGAGCUGACGCGAAAGCAGGAAGUGUCUGAACUAAUUAGACUGCGCGGGCACAGUAGAAACAAAGCAUAUUUCAAGAAGUGGGAAAAGGACUUUGAAGAUGUUACCGAUGAUAUAGAGAAUGUGAUUAAAAAUUUAAUGAGUAGCAGGUCUAGUGCUAUGAAUCGGUUUGAGGAGUUUGUUAUUCACAGCAAUCUGGAAGAUAUUGUUAGGAAGAUAGCCGGAAUCAACGACAAACCCAAGUUUGAUGUCUCUGUUGAAUCUCCACAUGAAGAAGCAUCAUCAUCAUCAUCGUCGCCUACAUCUUCACACUUGUUAGAUGAUGAAACUAGCUUGAUGGUAUUCAAAUUUCAUUUGAAGGUGAAACUGAAACUGAAACUGAAACAGAAACACUUGGAGAAGGUUGGAAGAGAAAUUGUGAUGAAAUGCGGGGGGCUGGAAUCACAAAUACACCAAAUGUGUGAUUUGCUUUCACAUCAAGAUGUCCCACGUACACAUGAGGCAUGGACAAAGGUGUUGGAGGGGCCACUAUUUAAUAUAUCUCAAAAACACAAUUGGUCUAAAACAGUUCACAAAAUUAACAGACAAAUAUCUCAUCAACUGAGAACAUGUCUAUUUUACUUUGUGUAUUUUCCCGUGGAAUUUGAGAUCUCUGUUAGAAGGUUGAUUGUUUUGUGGGUUGCUGAGGGUCUGAUUUCUCAUUUAAACCGCGGAGAAACCCCAGAGCUAGUUGCACAAAGGUACCUGGAAGAGUUGAUAGAUAACGGCAUGGUCCAAGUUGUCAAGAGAAAGCCCAAUGGAAAGGUCAAAACAUGCCGUCUCCCUAGUGCUUUACGACAACUCUGGUUAACACAGACAUACGAGUUCAGAGAUCUACAAAACCAUACCACCACUUCCCCGGAUUCUAAUGUACAGCUUAAAAAAAACAUUAUUUCUCGGGUUGCAGAUCAUCUUCUUGAUGGCAAUAUCUGGAACAAUCACAUUCAUGGUGACACUACUGAUUCAACCACCCUCAAAACCUACUAUAAGAAAGUUAUCUCCUUUCUUUCCUUCGAUACUCGGGAGGGGAGUAAACCUGGGCAACAAGUAGGUCAUUUUCUUAAGGGAUGUAUUUCAAGUGAUUGCUUCUUACUCCUUCGGGUGCUUGAUCUUGAAGGCGUUUACAAGCCCAAAUUGCCUAAACGCAUAAAAAGACUUACUCAGCUAACAUAUCUUGGCUUGCGCUGGACCUACUUAGAGUCACUUCCAUCAUCUAUAAGCAGCCUCUUGAAGCUACAGACACUUGAUCUCAAACAUACUAGCAUACAUACAAUACCUAGCUCUGUCUGGAAGAUGGAACUCAGACACUUGUUCUUGAGUGAGACUUACCGCACCAAAUUUCCACCUAAACCAAAAGGUAAUUGUCUAUCUGACCUCUUGUUCAAAAACAAUUCUCUAUCUGACCUCCAAACCUUGUCGGGACUGUUUAUAGACGAAGACACUACAGUGAAGGAUGGCUUGGAUAAAUUGGCCAACAUAAAAAAGUUGAGAUUAGCAUGCCAAUCAAUGUCACUAAACCAAGACACAAUGAUAGCUCAACUUGAGGCUGUGGCUGACUGGAUCAGUACAUUAGUACACCUUCAAUCACUGAGACUAAAAUCUAGAAAUGAAAAAGGGGAACCUUGGAAUUUACACUUGAAGUCCUUUGAAAAAAACGUAAGUCUCACUAACAUGUAUUUGCUAGGAAGCUUGAGAAGAUCAUCUAUUCUUCUAUCCGAUUUUCCUCAUAGACUCAUUGAACUUACCCUAUCACAUUCGAAACUAGAGGAUGAUCCCAUGAUAACUUUGAAAGAUUUUCCAUAUCUCCAGAAACUGUGUUUACUCGCAGAGUCAUACACAGAAACAUCUAUGGUUUGCAAACCUCAAAGCUUUCCUCAGCUUCAAGUCUUAAAAAUUUGGGUGCUGGAGCGAUUACAGGAAUGGAACAUAGAGCAUGGAGCACUCCCGUGUCUCAAACAACUGGAAAUCAGAUCGUGUCAGAACCUGCAAAGACUUCCUGAUGGACUAAAGCAUGUCAACACUCUGCUUGAGUUGAAGUUAACAAACAUGCCAAAGGAAAUCAAUGCUGGGCCGGAUAACAUCCCACCCAAUUGUAAAGUCGUCUGAAAAGAUUUUCAGUAGAAUAAUAGUUUUCCAUCAUUGUACAGCACAUGUGCUGCAGGGAUAUAUCUACAGUGGCUUGUUCUGAAGAAAGGUUUACUUGGCCUCAACAACCUUCGCCAACUUGGUUGCUUGCCGUGCUAGUGAAACUACUAUUUACAUGUUGUUGUGGAACAAUAAUAAAGGAUGGUUUUGAGUUUCGUUAUUUAUUUGAAGUGUGUGUAUGAAUUUUAAAGUUUGUUGUAGACUUAUAAUUUGUAUUUUGACAUUGAGUUGUGGAGUCAUAAUAUUGAGUUGUAUUUUGACAUUGAGUUGUGGAGUCAUAAUAUUGUGUUGAUUGAAAAAUAGUAGUAUUGGAAAAAAAGAUUCCUAGACUAUUAUGAAUGGAAAACUUCUGAUUUGUAUGUGUGGAGUUUAAAUACUGAUUGAAGAGAGCCAAAUUUUAGUUUGAGCAUUUCUAUUUCAA